UAGACUGUAAAGAAUAAAGAUGCUUCCAGGAGCACUCGCCGUGUUGUUGACUCUAUUCAGCCUCAUUGAGACCAAAGAGAAAGACUUUUAUACUUUUAAAGUUGUGAACAUCAGGGGAAAGUUAGUGUCCCUGGAAAAAUACCGGGGUUCGGCGUCCCUGGUGGUGAAUGUAGCCAGUGACUGUGGCUUCACUGAAAAGCACUACGGAGACCUGCAGCAGCUCCAGCGGGACUUUGGGCCAUAUCACUUCAAUGUGCUGGCCUUCCCCUGCAACCAGUUCGGGCAGCAGGAGCCCGGCAGCGACAAGGAGAUCGACAGCUUUGUUCGCAGAGUGUACGGAGUCUCCUUCCCCAUGUUCAGUAAAAUCGCUGUCGUCGGAACCGGAGCCAACAAUGUCUACAAGUACCUCGUUGAGUCUUCUGAAAAUGAGCCUGACUGGAAUUUCUGGAAGUAUCUCAUUGAUGUGAAUGGGAAAGUGUUGGAUGCAUGGGGCCCAAAGGUUCCUGUCAAAGAAAUCAGACCCAAAAUAUCUGAAAUGGUGCGGCAGAUAAUCCUAAAGAAGAAAGAAGAGCUUUAACCUGCUGUUAAGGUUACGGGUUAGAUUUUAAGAGGUAAACUAAACACAUUUAUUUUACUUGUACAAUGAGUCUUUGUUUUACUAAACCAUUAGUAAGUCACAUAGAAAAAGCAAGUUAUCCUUGCUCUAAUGAAAGCACUGAUGAAACAUCAAAAAAAAAAAAAAAAAUCAAGAUCAAGUUUUACAUCAGGUGGAUGACAUUUGAAGCUGCAACUUUGAUCCAAAGAGCUCCUGUUUUCCUAUUUGUUUGCCUUGUGGAUUAUGUGUUUGGCUGAUGAUCACGUCUGAUUUGAUCGAAUAAACAUUUACUGUGAUGAGAGAAAGGUA